AUGAAUGGUCAGCUUGGUUGUCGUCCCGACCAGAUUCAAGCCCUUGUGCGAUUCAAGAACGAGUUUGAAUCCCGCAGUUGCAAUCAUACUGACUACUUCAAUGGAGUCCGCUGCGAUAACACAACGGGUGCGGUCACGGAGCUACAACUCCCAAGUGGCUGUCUCAGUGGCCUUCUAAAACCAAACAGUAGCCUGUUCGAGUUGUUUCAGCUCCGUUACCUUGAUCUCUCUCACAACAACUUCACUUCCACUUCACUUCCUUCCGAGUUUGGUAUUCUCAACAGAUUAGAGGUCUUGUCUCUUUCCUCUAACGGCUUUACUGGCCAAGUUCCUUCAACAUUUAGUAAUCUAAGUCGGCUUUACUUGUUAGACCUUUCCCAAAACCAGCUCACUGAUCCGAUUGAAGUUCCUAACUCAUCUACUUCAUCUAGGCUCGAAACUUUGCAACUUGAGAAUAACCCUUUUGAAGGAAAAAUCCUAGAGCAUAUCUCAAACUUCACCACCCUUAAAUAUCUAUACCUUUCUUACCUAAACAUAAGCAAUCCAAUUGACUUAAGGCUCUUGUUCAAUCUCAAAUCAUUGUUGAUACUUGGUCUUUCCGGUAAUAGUUUACUGGAAACUAGUAAACAUUCAGAUUCAAACAUCCCAUUGAACUUGAAAAAACUAGGCUUGUCGGGUUGUGGCCUUAGUCAGUUCCCAAACUUCAUAAAGAGCCUUAAGAAAUUAGAGCAUAUAGACCUUUCCAACAAUAAAAUCAAAGGGAAAGUCCCUGAGUGGUUGUGGAACCUUCCUCGUCUGAGCUUAGUGAAUCUUUUUAAUAAUUCUUUCACCGAUUUAGAAGGUUCGGAAGAAGCUUUAGUGAAAUCAUCCGUGACGAUUUUAGAAUUGGCUUAUAACCAUUUUAAAGGAACAUUUCCUAAACCACCAUUGUCUAUAAAGUGCUUAUCUGCAUGGAACAAUAGUUUCACAGGGAACAUACCUCUUGCAACCUGCAACCGAAGCUCGCUUGCUAUUCUUGAUCUAUCCUACAACAACUUAUCCGGUCCAAUUCCUCGAUGUUUGAGUAAUAUCAAAGAGUCUCUAAUUGUAGUGAACCUCCGGAAGAACAACUUGGAAGGAAUCUUCCAGAUAUUUUCUAUGAUAGUGCCUUGCUUCGGACACUUGAUGUUGGCUACAAUCAACUAA